GAAUAAGAAAAAUGUUGUUCUUUUAUAAACUGAAGAAUUUUUCUUUUAGCAAAGAUUAAGAUAAGUUUUAUAAAUCCUAACAACUAGUGUAUUCACAUUUCUGUAGCUUCGUAUUUUUUAAUCCGUAACAGACGAUUAAAUGGAUGUCCGUAGAAAAAAUACGUACGUACAAAUACUUAGCUGCUUAUGAUUUCAAGUAAUUAUAGGUUAAAGUGUUUACUAAGCGAAUAAAUUUUUUGUGACCAGAAGUUCAACAAUGAAGAUGACAAAUGUAAUACACAAUGAGGAAUAAAAUGCCACAAUUUCGUAGAAAAAAAUCUACUAAGUCAUUUCCCGUUAAAGUUUGUACUUUAGAUGCUGAACUAGAAUUUAAUUUAGAGUGGCGUGCAACAGGAAGAGAUUUAUUUGAUUUGGUAUGCCGUACCAUUGGUCUUCGAGAAACAUGGUACUUUGGCCUUCAAUACGAAGAUUCAAAAGGUUUUAUAUCGUGGCUAAAAUUAGAUAAAAAAGUUCAAGAUCAAGGUAUUUCACAACAAUCCACAACACCGUUUAUGUUUCUUGCCAAAUUUUAUCCAGAAGAUGUUGCCGAAGAACUUGUACAAGAGGUGACACAACAUCUUUUCUAUCUUCAAGUUAAACAAGCUAUCCUUUCCAUGGAUAUAUAUUGCCCACCUGAAGCAUCUGUAUUAUUAGCUUCAUAUGCUGUUCAAGCAAAGUAUGGAGAUUAUGAUGAAGCAUCUUAUCAACCUGGGAUGCUGGCUAGCGAAGACUUAUUACCUCAAAGAGUUAUCGAUCAGUAUCAAAUGACACCUGAAAUGUGGGAAGAUAGGAUCAAAAUUUGGUACGCCGAUCAUAAAACAAUGUCAAGAGAUGAAGCAGAAAUGGAAUAUUUAAAAGUUGCGCAAGAUUUGGAUAUGUAUGGUGUUAACUAUUUUCCCAUUAGCAAUAAGAAAGAGACUAAUCUUUGGCUAGGUGUAACGGCUCUGGGACUGAAUAUUUAUGAAAAGGAAAAUAAGCUGACACCAAAGACGACAUUCGCAUGGUCUGAGAUACGGCAUAUAAGUUUUGAUGACAAAAAGUUUAUCAUCAAGCCAGUGGACAAAUCGUCGCCAAACUUUGUCUUCUUCUCGCAGAAAGUUCGGAUGAAUAAAUUGGUAAAAAAAAAGUCUGAUGUUAGAUGCUGGGUGAAGGGUGGCUUACAGGUAGCUUUAGGUUUGGACGAGCGUAAUAGUGACAAGGCUACUCGCGGCUUAUUUGUUAAGAUUCUGGACCUGUGUAUUGGCAACCAUGAUCUGUUCAUGAGACGCCGGAAGCCAGACUCCAUGGAAGUCCAACAAAUGAAAGCCCAGGCCAAGGAAGAAAAAUCUCGGCGUCAAAUUGAGAGGAAUAAACUUGCUCGAGAAAAACAACUUAGAGAAGCUGCAGAAAGAGAGAAAGCAGCUAUGGAACAAAGACUAUUACAGUAUCAAGAAGAAAUAAGACUAGCGAACGAAGCUCUUAGACGAUCUGAAGAGACCGCUGACUUAUUAGCAGAAAAAAGUCGUGUUGCCGAGGAAGAGGCCAUGCUAUUAAGUCAAAAGGCUUCCGAAGCUGAACAAGAAAUUACUAGGAUUAGAUUAAGUAAUAUGAAAACUGAAGAGGAAAAGGUUCAUUUGGAACAAAAAACGAGAGAUGCCGUUCGUCUUACGGAAAUGCUCGUACAAGAAUCUGAAAAACGAGCACUGGAAGAAAAAAAAUUGAAAGACGAGCUUUUACGAGCUCGCAUUGCUGAAAAAGAAGCUAAAGAGAAAUUAUUAGAAUUUUUAAGUAGAAACGCAUAUACUUCGACAAUAACGCCUGUACCAAAUCUUUUUCCAUCUACGCAAGUUCUUCCUUCGGAUUUACAAGCUGAUUUGCAGACCCUUCAAUUAGAUUCUGAACCAUUAUCAUCUGAAGUUAAUUGUUACGAUUUAAUUGCGGAUGGAGACGUUGAUCAACUUUCUUUAGAAAUUGAGAAAGAAAGAGUCGAUUAUUGGGAAAAAAGUAAACAUUUACAAGAACAAUUGCGUGAGCUUCGAUCUGAAAUAGAAGUACUGAAAGUGGGUGAAAAACAGUGUGAACUAGAUCAACUUCACGAAGAACAAGUACGUCUUGGAGAGAAUAAAUACAGCACAUUAAAGAAAGUCAAGUCGGGUUCAACAAAAGCCAGAGUUGCCUUUUUUGAAGAAUUGUAGUCAUUUUUUCUUAGUAUUAAAUGCUAUAAUUUUAUAUAGCGAACUUUUGUUCCGAUAAUAACAAUCUUUGAAAAUUAUAAAUAACUGCCACUUUGGUGACCGUGAAAUUGUAUAUUAUACGUAUUAAUAUUAUAAUUAGAUAUAUUAGUGUGUUGUACAGCGAUUGGAGAAAAAAGCAGCGAUUUAGGCUGCUAGAUCCACGCCCAUGUGAAUUUGCACUUGUUAUAAAAACUGAGCAGAAAAACGUAAAAUUGUUAUUUUUAUUUAGAAUUUUAAGCUUUUUAUAUUAACUUCUGACUUAUCUCCU